AUGUCGGCGGCGCGCGUGGACUACAUCGCGCCCUGGUGGGUCGUGUGGCUGCACAGCGUCCCGCACUUCAGCCUGCGCCUGCAGCCGGUGGACAGCACCUUCAACCCCCGCGACAAGAGUUACCAGGAGUCACUGCUGCUCCUGGGGCUGCUGGCUGCCAUCUGCCUGGGCCUGAACCUCGCCUUCCUGAUCACUUACCUGGUGUGCACCUGCUGUUGCCGGCGGGACCAUGCAGUGCAGACCAAGCAGCGCAGCUCCUGCUGCAUCACCUGGACGGCAGCAGCGGCUGGGCUCAUCUGCUGUGCUGCGGUGGGCGUUGGUUUCUAUGGAAACAGCGAGACCAACGAUGGCGCGUACCAGCUGGAGAACUCCCUGGACAAUGCGAACCACACCUUCUCUGGGAUCGACAAAUUGGUGUUCGAGAAUGCCCAAAGGAUGAAGGUGGACCUGGAACAGCACCUGGCCCGUCUCAGUGAGAUCUUUGCUGCCCGAGGUGACUAUAUCCAGACCCUAAAGUUCAUACAGCAGAUGGCAGGCAACGCUGUUUCACAGCUGUCCAGGCUGCCUGUGUGGAGGGAGGUCACCCUGCAGCUGACCGAGCUGUCGAACCAGACCACCUACGUGGAGUACUACAGGUGGCUCUCCUACCUCCUGCUCUUCAUCCUGGACCUGGUCAUCUGCCUCGUCACCUGCCUGGCACUGGCCAAACGCUCCAAAUGUCUCCUGGCCUCGAUGCUGUGCUGUGGGAUGAUAGCACUGCUCCUCAGCUGGACCUCCCUGGCCGCCGAUACCGCUGCAGCAGUAGGCACCAGUGACUUCUGUAUGGCCCCUGACAUCUUCAUCCUGAACAAUACACAAGGCCAGAUCAGCCCAGAAGUGACCCGCUACUACCUGUAUUGCAGCCAGAGUGUGAGCAGUCCCUUCCAGCAGGUGUUGACUGUCCUCCAGCGCUCGAUGACCUCCAUGCAGAUCCAGGUCACGGGGCUGCUGCAGGUCACUGUGCCCCUCUUCCCCACGGCAGAGAAAGAUCUCCUCGAAAUCCAGCUCCUGCUGAACUCCUCGGAGACCAGCCUUCACCAACUGACGGCCAUGCUGGAUUGCCGAGGGCUGCACAAGGACUACCUGGAUGCCCUCACUGGCAUCUGCUACGACGGCAUCGAGGGCCUGCUCUUCCUUGGCCUCUUCUCCCUCCUGGCCGCCCUGGCCUUCUCCACGCUCAUCUCUGCAGGGCCACCGGCCUGGAAGCACUUCACCAGCAGGGAUCGAGACUAUGAUGACAUUGAUGACGAUGACCCCUUCAACCCCCAAGCACGGCGUAUCGCGGCCCACAACCCACCGAGGGGGCAGCUACACAGCUUCUGCAGCUACAGCAGUGGCCUGGGGAGCCAGAGCAGCCUGCAGCCCCCCACCCAGACCAUCUCUAAUGCCCCGGUCUCCGAGUACAUGAACCAGGCCGUGCUCUUUGGUGGGAACCCUCGCUACGAGAACGUGCCGCUCAUCGGGAGAGGCUCCCCACCGCCCACAUACUCCCCCAGCAUGAGGGCCACCUACAUGUCCGUGGCAGAUGAGCACUCGAGGCACUACAGCGGUGAAUUUCCAGCCUAAAAGACUUCUGGAUUCCUGUUGCCGCCUUCCUGUUUGGUUUUUAACAAAUGCGCACACAAGGUGCAUUGCUCUAAUGGAAACCAAAGACACCCGGAGACCGGCGGACUCCUGUGGCUGCAGAGGCACUGCUGAGACUUCUGACCGAAGUCCUCGGUGGACAGAAGGCCAUGACCCAGGCCUCUCUCCUGCCCGCUCUCUACCCCAGGGCGCCGCCCCACCAGCUGGUGGGGAAUGGCAUCGAGGAGGGAGCCGCCAGGCACUGCCAGCCUGAGAGCUGAAUCCCCUGCUUCUUGUCAACUCGGCCGAAAGCCCAGGCAGCCCCUCCCGAGUCACCUCUGCCCCCAUUAGCAGGUGACAGUGGGAAGGGCUUACCCGGAGGCGAGUGUAGGGGAGACAGUGUCCCUGAUGAGUCCAGAACCCUGUCCAAAUCUGAGUUCCUGGGCCACCUGGACUCCGCCUGGGCCCUGGAGGCCUCUGCAGCUGGUGGCCCAGGGUAUCGCAGCAGAAAGCCUGCCAUGUUCUGCCCAUCCUUGCGUCCCCAGCUGAUGGUCUCAGGUAUGGACAAAUACUUCACUCUUUUUCCCGGUGUUUCAAAAGUUUGGUGAUCCGAAGAAUCUCAACUCAUAGCUCACCCAGUUUUUACCAUAGAUUUGGGGCCCCAUUCCGUAAGCUGGCUUUUUCACUACUGUUGUAGGUUUUUGCUGGCACCAGCCAGUUUAUUACAGGUCAGGAGGAGAGAAGCCGGGCGUGGUGGCGCACGCCUGUAAUCCCAGCACUCGGGAGGCUGAGGCAGGAGGAUCGUU